AUGAAAAGGGUCCAUGUCCCUAUCUUCGAUGGAACUCCUGACCCGGAUUUAGCAGAAAAGUGGUUAGAUGAAAUAGAAAAUAAUUUUGCACUUUUGCAAGUGCCAGAGGAGAUGACACACCUAAUCUUCAAACCCUUUUUGGUAGGAGAAGCCAAUAAGUGGUGGGCAACUCUGGAACCUACCGUCGCCCCACCAGUAAGUUGGACAAAAUUUAGAGAGGAGUUCCUGAAAUACUUUUUCCCACCGGCUGUACGGAUGCAGAAAAUAUAUCAGUUUGAAAAUUUGAAACAAACUCCAGAAAUUUCUGUGGUGCAGUAUUCGAAUAAAUUCAUGGCAUUAGGAAGGUUUGUCCCAUCAAUAAUGGCAGAUGGGGAGUUGAAAAAGUAUAAGUUUAUAAGGGGGUUGUCGAGUAGAAUUCAAACUAAGGUGAACACCUCUUAUACUCAUACGUUUAAUGAUGUGUUGGAUGCCAGCGUUAAAGCUGAGGCUGAUUGCAAAAGAUUAGAUGAAGAGGGUAGGAAUAAAGGACCUAAACUAGGGAAUGAACUUGCAGUGGUGGGAGCACUGAAACCUUGCAGAUCGUUUCGCUUAAUUAAGAAAAGUCAUGGGCCACCACCGAAGAUAACUGGAGGAAACACAUUUUCUGUGUGCAAAACUUGUGGAAAGAUGCAUCGGGGAAAAUGCCGGCUUAAGACAACUUUUUCCACGUGUAAAACUUAUGGGAAGAUAUACCGAGGAGAAUGUCGAGUUGGAGCAGGAGCUUGUUUUGAAUGUGGACAGCAGGGGCAUAGGGAUAUGAAUUGUCCAAAUAGGAAGGUAGAACGAGAUAAGAGUGGUAAUCUCACUGAUAAGAAGCCAAAAGUUAACGCGAGAGUGCAUGCCAUGACCGAUGUUAGGGCGGAGGUGGCAGGCGACGUGGUCACAGAUACUCUUCUAAUUAAUUCCGUGUCUGCAUAUGCAAUAAGAAAAGGGUGUAAGACAUAUUUGGCUUAUAUUCUGGACACGGGGAAAGAGGAGAUGCAUUUAGAAAAGAUUUCGGUGGUGAAGGACUUUUCUGACAUGUUCCCAGAAGACCUUUUUGGUCUACCUCCGAAUAGAGAAAUAGCGUUUGAAAUAAAUGUUAUACCUGAGGCGACUCCUAUAUUUAAGGCCCCCUAUAGAAUGACGCCUGCAGAAUUAAAGAAACUUAAGAAGCAAUUACAGGAACUACUAGAUAAGAAAUUCAUUAGAGCUAAUGUUUCCCCUUGGGGUGCACCAGUACUCUUUGUAAAGAAGAAAGGUGGUAGCCUGAGAUUGUGUAUCGAUUAUAGGGAGUUGAAUCGAAUCACAAUAAAGAACAAAUACCCCCUUCCAAGGAUAGAUGAUCUUUUUGACCAACUGAAGGGAGUUAAAGUAUUCUCUAAGAUAGAUUUGAAAUCUGGAUACCAUCAAUUAAAGAUUAAAGCCGAAAACAUCCAAAAAAGUGCAUUUCGUACGAGAUACGGGCACUAUGAGUUUUUGGUGAUGCCCUUUGGAUUAACUGAUAGGAUGUCAAUUAAAGUGGAGCAGAAACCUUCUUGA